UGAGCUUAAAAAUGAUUACCAUUUUUUAAUACAAUUGAUAUAGUUGUUUCAAUUAGUAUUAAACAUAAUAUGGUUAGAUAUGUGGGCAUUAAAAAUACUCGUAGCUGUUCUUCUGCUUUUUAUCAUGGACAGCUCCACAGAAGCCUCAUUCAUCGGAGACAAAAUCCGGCAAACUACCAACAUAUUACUGGGGAACUGUCGCUCUAAAACCGGCGCAACGAAGGAGGAUUUCGAAACUUUAAGAGAGAGAAAAAUCCCAACUACUAAAACAGGUCUUUGCCUCAUGGACUGCCUAUUUGAAGGAGCAGGUAUCAUGGAAAACGGAAAGUUCGUCAGGUCUGGAAUGGUGACUUCUCUUACAAAAGCAAUGAAAGGCGAUGAAGCAAAGAUAGCGAAGUUAAAUGAACUGGGGAAGGUUUGUGAGAAAGAAUUAGAUAAUAAACAAUUGCCUGAAUGUCAAAUUGGGAAGAAGAUCCUCGAGUGCUUGGCUAGAAACGGAGAAAAGUAUGGUUUGGAGUUUGUUAAUCCUAAAACAGAUAAAUAAAGAGAGAUAGAAUAUAUCUAUAAGUAUAUUGUAAAUCUUUUAUUGUGCUGCUUUGUAUUAUAACAAAAACUUUCGAUUAUAAAGAUAAAGUAAUUAAAUAUUAAUCCACUGCUUACCUCUGUAA